AUUCCGCUUAGUCACUUUCGAGGAGUCUGUGAAGUUUGAGCACUGUCGAGCCUCGGCGUCUUUCCUCCUAAAUAAAAGAGAGUUUGCGUUUCUUCUGCGGGUUACUGUCCCCCUUCACCUCCAGCCCAACACACUCGUAUACCAAGCAAGCACAGCUUCCAAAUGGAAGAAGCAGACAAAGUUUCAUCAUCCAGUGCACCUGACGAGGCUCCGCACGAUAUUGCGAUCAUGAAUGAAGCCGGUCAGACACGCGACGCGGAGGAGGAGAGGACCGAGGAAACUAGUUCUCCACAAACAACUGAGGUAACUGCUUCACAAACAACUGAGGUAACUAGUUCUCCACAAACAACCGAGUCUCCACAAACAACUGAGGUAACUAGUUCUCCACAAACAACUGAGGUAACUAACGUUAGUGCUUCACAAACAACUGAGGUAACUAGUUCUUCACAAACAACUGAUGAGGUAACUAGUUCUCCACAAAUUAAUGAAGAAACGAAUUCUCCACAGCCAGCAGAAGUGAUCGUUACGCCAGAGAUGGCGGAGGAAAGCGUUACUCCUGAAAAGUUAAGUGAAGUUCCAGUGAAGCAGACGAGCACAGAGGCAGAAGUAACGUCUACUUCACAGACACAUCCAGCGAUCACUGAAGCUGCCGUUACUCCUAAAACAGCGGAGGAAAGCGUUACUCCACAUGUAACUGAAGCCGUUACUAAAGCGGAGGAAAGCGUUACUCCACAUGUAACUGCCGUUACUAACGCGGAGGAAAGCGUUACUUCGCCUGUAACUGAAGCCGUAACUAACGCGGAGGAAAUAGUUACUCCAUUUGUAACCGAAAUAACAUCAGAAGUAACAUCAUCUCAGCAGACAGUGAUGGAAGAGGAGCGCGUGACUCCGGUGAAGUCCGCUGAAAGUCCCGCACCGGAGAUCAGCAGCUCGUGUUCGGCUCACACACACACUCUCUCAUCCGACGCCCGUGAGGAGGAGAAGGAGAAACAACACCCGCACACUCUUCAUCCAUCAUCAUCAUCCAAUGAUCCCGAACCUCCUUCUGCUCCUGGUGUCGCUCCUGCGCUCUCUCAGCCUCAGUUUCCAUCAGACUGCUGGGAUUCUCCAUCCGUAGCUUCACAGGCCUCAGAGCUAACUAUGGAUUCAUUGGGACACAAGGACUCGACGGGAUUCGACCCGGAUGUGCUAAGCCAGUCAGAUGACGACUUCAUGUUUGAAACGAAGAAGAGUCCCUUCCAGGCGUUUUCCCCUCUAAACGACGGUCUCGGGGAAACGCCGGCCGACAGUCCGUCUCCAGACCUGGUCCAAGAUGCGUAUGACGGAGAAGAAGCUCAUGCGCAGUCAGAGUCAAGACAAGCCAAACAAGAGCUUUCCCUUUCGUAUGCUUCCGAUGUCAACACGGCGUCCGAUGACCGGCCGAUGUCUCUCCCAGAUAUUUUGAAAUCUUCUCCCAUGAACCCUGAAAAAGUGGACUCUGGCUCAUCAGAAGGAAGCCCUGAGUUCAGCCCGGCUCAUAGAAGAGGGAACGAUCCACCCAAAUCCCCAUUCUCGGCGUCUGCUAACAUUCUGGACUCCAAGAUCUUGCUUCUGAAGGAGAUGGCCGAGGUCACGGAGGCGAGAGCGGCCGCAGAGAAGGCCAAGCUGGCAGAACACAACAACUCAGAGCAGAGUUUUGUAGCUUUCGAUCUCGUGAAAGAGACGGACGUGCCUCAAAAAACGGACAGUCUUUUGAAGGACAAGGUUGAGGUGUUAAGCCAGACUUCUGUUCAAACGGCGCCCAAAUUUGAUUGUCUGAACUUCCCGUUGGGAAAGGCUCAGGAACAGUGGGAUUCUGAGAGCCCUUCUGCGGACUCCUUCUCCCCGGUGUUGGACGCGGUGCCCCCGAAACCCUCGAGCUUCUCCGCGGAGCAGGAGCGCCGAGACGAGGCGUCCGAGCCCGAGCCGUCCUCUGAAGAGUUCGAGUUUAUCGAGAGGCCGACACGAGGAGCUGCCGAGGACUUUCUGGAGAUGCAGGAUAGCCUGACGUUCAUGAAACCGGCAUCAGAAGUGUUGCUGGAUGAAGACCGAUCUCCUGAACUGGAAUCUGUAGCUGAAGAGGAAGAUCAGAUCUCCUACCAUCUUCCCACCCCGGCGUCAGACAAAUCCUCUGCUGGGAGAGGAAAGGCAGGCCUGGAAUCUGAUCUACAAGAACUUUCCCCAACUCCAGUGACCCGUCCUCCAGGGGAUCAAGCUGGAUCCGGGAAGAGGGCAGCUGAAGCUGAAGGGAUCCCGAUGCCAGAUCGGAGCGCGGCGGCAGUGCUGCAGCUGCUGCGCUGGCGGGACGUGCGCUGGAGUGCGCUGGUCUUCGGCUCAAGCCUCUUCCUCCUCCUCUCCCUCACCUGCUUCAGCAUCAUCAGUAUCCUCUCCUACUCCGCUCUCGCUCUGCUCUCGGCCUCCGUCUCCUUCAGGGUCUACAAGGGGGUCCUGCAGGCCAUCCAGAAGUCUGAUGACGGACACCCGUUCAGGUGUGUGCUGGAGAAGGACUUGUCUGUGUCCAGUGAGGCGGUGCAGAGGCACAGUGAUGUUGUUCUGGGUCGGGUCAACGGAGCGCUGAAGGAGCUGCGCCGCCUGUUUCUGGUGGAGGAUCUCGUCGACUCUCUCAAGUUCGGCGGGCUGUUGUGGGUCUUCACGUAUGUUGGUUCCUGGUUUAAUGGACUCACGCUUCUCAUUCUGGCUCUGAUUGGAGCUUUCAGCGGCCCGAUAACCUACGAGAAGCAUCAGGCUGAGAUCGAUCAGUUCAUCUCUUCGGUCCGCAGUCAGAUGAGGGGUGUGUUGGGGAUGAUCCAAGGGAAGGUUCCCGGAGCCAAGAAGAAGCCGGAGUGACACACACACAAACACACACACACCUCUGUCUGUCUGUCUUCACCUCUGUGUGUUCACUGUGACAUCAUCGAGUGGCUCUGAUGUGAAUUAAUGAAAUCUCUUGUUGAAUAAUGAAUCUGAGAAACGUGGAGCUCCUCCAGAAGCGAGUGUGUUUCUUUUAGACUGAGGCAAAGUGGAAUUGUACCAAUAUUGGCUUUUUGUGUUGUUUUAGUUGAUAUGACUGUGAUUUUACUGUAACAGUGUUGAUUGGCUGGAGGGUUUCUGGGUAAUCUGUGCUUGACGAGUAGAACUUCUCUAAUGAACACGUUUACAUGCAACUUCCCUGAAAAGAAGUUACUGUAUUUAAUCUAUUUAUCUGUGGACGACUCCUAAAGCUGCACUUGAGCAUCCCCCGAGACCCGAGCGCUUGUUCUGCACGCGAGGAACGAGUCUGAUGUUAACGAGUACUAAUAAAGCUUCUAACUGAA